AUGUCCCAUGUCAGCGAGUACGCUAUAUUUGGAAUUCUCAUUCUUGGGACACUCGGCCCUGGAGUCUUCUUCUCUCUUAGGAGAACCGGCCCCCUGAGUGUAGAUGAAGUAUUCUUGGGAAGCCGUAAUCUGGCGUCAAUACCACUGGCCCUAUCCGCGUUUGCGUCUCUGUUGUCGUCGGCGAGCCUCAUUGCCUUCAUUGCCCACUACUACGCGUAUGGAGUCCACAUGGCCUGGUCUUUUAUCACGGUCACGUUGUGUCUCCCCAUCACUGUUCACAUCAUCAUCCCCGUACUCUACCGACUGAAGAUCACCUCCCUUUUUGAGUACCUGCGUGCUCGAUAUGGAAGGAAAAUCUCACUGACAGCCUGCGCAAUUUACUUCAUUAUAACGCAAAGCCUCGGAGCGGUGGUCAUAUUUUCAGCUGCAAUGGCAGUCGCAACAAUAUUUCAGGUGUCAUUCCUGUGUUGCUGCUUUGCCAUCGGAUUUACGGGCACCUUGUACACUGCACUGGGAGGCUUGAGAGCCGUAGUGUGGACGGAUUGCGUGCAGGCCAUGAUCAUGAUAGUCGCACCUAUCACGAUAAUUGUGAAGAUCACAUACGACUCCCACUCCGGUCAUUUCAAGCUUCGUCCUUUGAGUGAUAUCAAUCUACGACCAUACGUUCUUGAUGCCAGCCUUGACUUUACAAAGGAUGAAAACGUCUGGUCUUGCCUUGUUGGCCUCGCUGCGUCAAAACUCUAUCGUACGGGCCUCGACCAGAUGAUAGUUCAGAGGUACAUGGCAUCAAGAACACUAGAAGACGCCAAAAGGACAGCCCGUGUUGGAACCGCAGUGCUGAUUGCCUACUAUGUCAUAGAAAUGCUUCUGUCAUUCUUACUAAUAUAUUGGUUUCGUGAUUGCGACCCUCAGCUUACAGGAGCCACCAAGCAGAUAGAUCAGCUUAUUCCGUAUUAUGUCAAGAGGCACUUGAAAGAAUUUACUGGAUUUUCAGGCCUAUUCCUUGCCGGAGCUGUCAGCGCAAGUACUAGUACCAUAUCAUCCAUCAUCAACUCUCAAGCUGGCGUUCUGUACAUCGACGUGGUGUCGCAAUAUUUUGUUCUGACGGAUCUUCAGGCUACAAGAGCUACAAAGGCAUUAGCCUUUCUCGUCGGCAUCAUAAUGACCCUCUGCAGUAUCUUCAUACCUUACCUUGGUUCUGCGACAAGGAUUCUUCUCAUGAUCCGCAGCGCCGUUUCGGGGCCAUUUGUAGGACUGUUCCUGUCGGCCCUAAUGUUUCCCUGCGUGAACAGCAAGGGAGCCGGAGCAGCCACACUCCUGACGACGAUCUUCCAGUUGUGGCACAUGAGCGAGAAAUUCCGCCUAGGAAUUCGUCCAUCCCGAAUGCCUGUCACCACUGAUUAUUGUUCAGGAAAUAUUACAGAAGCAAUUAACGCGAAUACCAAGGCUUCCUUCCAGGCGGAAAGAACGUUCGACGAUGUCUUUAUUUUGUCACGCUUGUCAUCCUACUGGAGCAAUUCCAUAAGCGCUGUUCUGACCAUCCUACUGGCCUUGGUGAUCAGCGGGCUAACAGGUGGACACAAAACAUACAAAAAACGACUGUGUUUGACAAGUGAUGUCUGCCUUCGCUUGUGGAGAAAGUUAAGGCUCAUUCCCAAAGAGGAAGACCUUAUAAUUUUAUAG